AUGCAUUUUGAAGAAGCAAAGAUAGCACUUAGCUCAAUGGAUAACACACAGAUUACUGUUCCAUACUUUUACAAUGGCCAAAAUCUUAAUGUCAAGAUUAGAGUUACUAAGCUCAACAACUUAAUUGAGCCAAUUCUUGAACAAAUCCCAACUCCAAUUCAUUCUGCCCUCAAAGCAGCUGGUCUCGAACCAUUUAACAUCGAUAGCGUAUUGCUUGUCGGUGGUUCCAGUAUGAUCCCAGCUGUUAAGGAUAAACUUGAAGAUAUCUUCCUAGGAAAGAUCAAAUCCGCCUUAAAUCCAAUGAAGGCUGAAUCUAUUGGUGCAGCCACAAUUUACCAGAAGUACAUGAAUAAUCAAAUCAAAGACUUCGAAGAUGUCAUAGAAUAUAUCCGUAAAAGAGCUGAUGACCAACCAAAAGGUAGAUGCCAGAAAUACCCAAAACAUCUCAAAUUGUAA